UACCGAUAGAGGUAGCAAGCUUGAUAAACACGACUCGCGGGUUUCAGUGUUGGACCUUGCAAGAUAUGCACUAUAAACCGCACGAGCGACCCCUGCGCACAUCAUAUCCCAGGAACACCUUCCGUUUCGAGGCGGGGGAUAAAUGGUAAUACAUGUCCCGCUGUCAGUUUACCUGAGACUUUUCUGCGAAUUCUUGUGCGCCAGCUACAGAUCCGGGCUUUAAUCUCCCUGUACUUGUCAUCCGAACAGUCGGGUCUGGGAGCAUCAACAUGAUUUCUCUUUUCCGCAAAUGCAUUCUGCUGUGGCUCGCUACCGUCUUCGUGGUCACUGCAGCACAGCAGACUGCUCUGUCAGAGCUUCCGGAUUGCGCUCAAAUCUGCCUUCUAAAAGCUUUGGGCACAAACACCUGCGCGCCAACAGAUCAAGCCUGUAUCUGCACCAACGAAGUCUUCCAGAACAAUGUAACAUUGUGUGUAAGCAGCCGCUGCACCAUUCCUGAAGCUCUAGUCACACGAAAUGUCAGUCUUACCAACUGCGGUGCACCGGUGCGACAUCGUGGAGAACACUACGUGACGUUGUCAAACGCAAUGGUAUGCAUUGCCGCUGCCUUCGUUGUGAUCCGUUUCGCCUUCAAGGCCACCGUGUCGAGACUCGACUUUGGCUACGAUGACUUUUGCGUCCUGGCGACGCUUAUAGCCGCCAUACCCAGCGCCAUCAUCACUGUUUUCGGUACUGUAAAGAACGGACUUGGUCAAGACCUUUGGGCCUUGACUCCAACGGAGAUCACCCAGAUGCUGCAAUACUUUUACAUUAUGGCGUGGCUGUACUUCCUCCAGCUCACGCUGCUGAAGCUCACUCUGUUGUUCUUCUACAUCCGCGUGUUUCCUAGCAAAGAAGUCCAGCGACUGUUAUGGGGUACUGUCAUCUUCACUGUACUCUGGGGCUUGGCCUUUAUCAUUGUUGCGGUAUUCCAGUGUCGGCCGAUUCACUACUUCUGGACGAAAUGGGACGGUAUGCAUGAGGGCACUUGUCUGGAGAUCAACGCCAUCACCGCAUCAAACGCUGCUAUCUCGAUCGCUUUGGACUUCUGGAUCCUGGGUAUACCUCUCUGGCAGCUUUGGGGGUUGAAGCUACACUGGAAAAAGAAGGUCGGUGUAGCACUUAUGUUUUGCGUCGGCACUUUCGUUACCGUCGUCAGUAUUCUGCGUCUGCAGGCUCUGGUGCACUUCGCCGCUUCCUCGAACGUAAGCUGGGAGUUCUACGACGUUUCAGUGUGGAGCACGAUCGAAAUAUGCGUUGGUAUCAUGUGCGCUUGCCUUCCAACACUCCGCCUUCUCCUGGUUAAACUCUUCCCUAUCCUUGGAGGCUCCUCAGUACGCAGCCGUCAACAGUACUACAACUACGGCAGUGGCAACGAACUCAAGAACGUUAGCCAGAAACACAAGUCAUACAACAUGAACACUAGCGCUGCUAUAUCGAGUCCUCGGACCGAGUCUUUCGACGAUAAGAUAGAAGACGGCAUUAGGGUCAAGACCUCCUACAUGGUAAAGCAUAGUCAUAGUGACACAGAUGAAGCGAGCCUAGUAAGCCAUGAGGGACCACAGAGGCAGUAGGGCCGAGGUUGGUCGCGCGCGUCCGAAUGUAGUUUGAAUCAAAAUGAUAUCUUCCACCUUCUGAGCACUCUUCGUAUACGCACAUGUCACUUGAAUGACUACAGGUGCAUGCCGAAACCUUCUUGAGACGUACUUCAUCCUCAAACAGCUACCCGCCGAGUGUAACUUCCCAUCCGGGUGGUAACUACCGUGAUCGACACGCGUUGAAGCACACACCUCUCGUUUUCUGGGUUCACCCAUCGAAAGGGUAGCGCAGAUCACCGGAAUAUCACCGAUGAACCUCGUGGAAAAUCACACUAGUAUGACAGGUCCACAUGUCGGCGAUCUCUGCAAGCGACAUUGCGAAGAAUACUAAUCGAAGAACAAAUGGCGUCUUUAGUUCAGGGUGUUGCCCGG